AUGAUCAAUUUUCGAUAUCCUACCCUUCUUUUUCUUGCUCUUCCGCUUCCAGAGUACUUCCUAAGAGAUUCUUUGGAGAUAUUUCGAAAUUUCCUUGGGGACUCGUUAAUAAGCACGGGCUAUCGUGGUCCUCGAGUGUCGCAUCUGACCAUCGGAAUGAUUCCAGUAAAGUCAGAGGACGAUGUGCUUUGUUCUAUAGACCAUUUAAGGAAGAAUGCUCAAAGUUUUCAAAAGGCUUAUGGAAACGAACUGCUAAAAAUCGAUUUACAAGGAACCUCUUACUUUGGUAAAUCAGCAAAUGAAGCUCGGGUUUUGUACGCUGUACCUCAAGAGCAACCUGGAAAAGUGUCCGUUCAAAGAUUUUGCGAAUAUCUUCGAUCAUCCUUUGAAGAUGCAGACAUUAUCAUAAAAGACAAUCGUCCCUUGACAUUACAUUGCACACUGUUAAAUGCAAGGUACAUGAAACGAGGAAAAAAGCGCUUGAAAUACUUUGACGCAGAACCAAUAAUCGAGAAGUUUUCAGAUUAUUGUUGGGCACAAAAUAUCAACUUAACAAAAUUGUGUAUUAUGAAAACUGGCGCCGUCGGUCCGCCUGGAGAUAUGUACUACGAAGAGAUUGAUUCUAUCCCAUUAUAUUGA